AUGCGGCUGCUGCUGCUGCUGCCCCUGCUGCUGGCCCCAGCGCCCGGGUCCUCGGCUCCCCAGGUGAGGCGGCAGAGUGACACCUGGGGCUCCUGGGGUAACUGGAGCCCCUGCAGCCGGACCUGUGGAGGGGGCGUAAGCUUCCGGGAGCGCCCCUGCUACACCCAGAGGAGAGAUGGCGGCUCCAGCUGCGUGGGUCCCACCCGAAGCCACCGCUCUUGCCGCACGGAGAGCUGCCCCGAGGGCGCCCGUGACUUCAGGGCGGAGCAGUGCGCGGAGUUCGACAGCCACGAGUUCCAGGGGCGGCGCUACAAGUGGCUGCCCUAUUACGGGGCCCCCAACAAAUGUGAGCUGAACUGCAUCCCCAAGGGGGAGAACUUCUACUACAAGCACAAGGAGGCCGUUGUAGACGGGACACCCUGUGAACCUGGCAAACGGGACAUCUGUGUGGAUGGCAGCUGCCGGGUCAUCGGCUGUGACCACCACCUGGACUCCUCGAAGCAGGAGGACAAGUGUCUGCGAUGUGGGGGUGACGGCACAACCUGCUACCCUGUCACGGGCGUCUUUGAGGCCAAUGACCUCAGCAGAGCGGUGAAGAGCAUCCGUGGCGAAUACUACCUCAACGGGCACUGGACCAUAGAGGACGCCCGCGCCCUGCCCGUGGCCAGCACCCUCCUGCACUACGAGCGGGGAGCGGAAGGGGACCUGGCCCCCGAGCGGCUCCACGCCCGCGGCCCCACCUCGGAGCCCCUGGUCAUUGAGCUCAUCAGCCAGGAGCCCAACCCAGGCGUGCGCUUUGAGUACCACCUGCCCCUGGGCGCCCCCCAGCCCGGCUUCAGCUGGGGCCACAGCUCGUGGGGCGACUGCAGCGCUGAAUGUGGUGGAGGUCAGCAGACCCGCUGGGUGUUCUGCACCAUGGACGACGAGGUCUACCCCGAGCACCUGUGCCAGCCCCAGCCGCGGCCGGCUGACCGCCGCUCCUGCAGCCCGCAGCCCUGCCCGCACACCAAGCGCUGGAAGACAGGGCCCUGGACGCUUUGCUCAGCCUCCUGUGGGGGCGGCUUCCAGUCCCGCUCCGUCUACUGCGUCUCGUCUGAUGGGGCUGGUGCCCAGGAGGCUGCUGAGGAUGCUGAGUGCGAGGGUCUGCCCGAGAAGCCCCCAGGCAGGCGGGCCUGCAACCUGCAGCGCUGCGCAGGCUGGAGCGUGGAGCCCUGGAGCGAGUGCUCUGUCAGCUGCGGUGCGGGGGUCCGGAGGCGGAGUGUCACCUGCCAGGGUGACGAGGGGUCUCUGCUCCACGCCACGGCAUGCUCCUUGGAGGACCGCCCCCCGCUCACUGAGCCCUGUGUGCAUGACGCCUGUCCCCCACUCGGUGACCAGGCCUGGCACGUGGGCGCCUGGGGUCUAUUUGCUGGGUCCCGCCUGAGCGGUGGGGAGGGAGCAGAUGUUGGGGGGUGGCCUUCCCUCUGCGCCCUGACGCCCCAGCUCCCUGCAGAGGUCCCCAGCAUGCCGGAGGUGCACACCAGCCCCAGGGACCCCCGGAUGUCUUGGGGCCCACGGGAGGCCUCUGCCUCAGAUUUCAGAGACCAGUGGUGGGCACCCCAGGAGCAGCCCUCAGCGCAGGGUAACCCCAGAGGAGACCAGAGCCCACCCCUGUCAGCCCCGGGCCCUGCCCCAUCUCUGCAGCUCUCCUCAUACGGGCAGCUUCUGCAGCCAGGCUCGGGGCCCCACGACUGCAGACAGAGCUCCCAUGGGUGUUGCCCCGACGGCCACACUGCCUCCCUUGGGCCACAGUGGCAGGGCUGCCCUGGGGCCUCCUUGUGUCAGCAGAGCAGGUUCGGGUGCUGCCCUGACGGGGUGACCGUGGCCGAGGGGCCCCAUCAGGCGGGCUGCAUGAGCUCUCACAGACGCGACGACGCCGGGGGCAGGCCAGGAUCGAGAGCAGCGGCCUCUGCAGUCCCCAGUGCCCACCGGCACCAGGCCCAGCAGAAUGAGCCCAGCGAGUGCCGGGGCUCCCAGUUUGGCUGCUGCUAUGAUCACGUGGCCUCCGCGGCGGGCCCCCUGGGGGAAGGCUGUGUGGGCCAGCCCAGCUCCGAGUACCCCGUGCGGUGCCUGCUGCCCAGCGCCCAUGGCUCCUGCACCGACUGGGCCGCCCGCUGGUACUUCGUCGCCUCCGUGGGCCAGUGUAACCGCUUCUGGUACGGCGGCUGCCACGGCAACGCCAACAACUUUGCCUCAGAAGAAGAGUGUGUGAGCGCCUGCCGGGGACCCCAGCCUGGGGCCAGGGCCUCUGGCCAGAGCACCCACGGAGAUGGUGGCGGCAGCGGUCCUGGGGGCCAGCAGGAGGCUGGCCAGCAUGGGCUGGGGCCUGUGGUCCAGAGAAGACCCUUGCCUUCCGGUGGCCUCCGGUGGCGAGACCAAGAGCCUGGGCUGGGGGUGACAGACCACAGACAGGCCUUUGGAGAGGGGCCCUGGGGCCAGGAGACUGGGCCCAGUCCCCCUGGACUGAGCGGAGACGCAGGACGACCAGCGCCUCCUUCCCGUGGCGGCUCCUACAGGAUCACUCUGGCGGGCUCGGAGCCUUCCGUGGUGCAGGCGGCCCUGGGGCAGUUGGUGCGGCUCUUCUGCUCCGAGGACGGCUCCUCAGGCCCCCACUCCAGGUGGCAGAAAGAUGGGCGGCCCGUCUCCUCUGACAGGCACCAGCUGCAGUCCGACGGCUCCCUGGUCAUCAGCCCCCUGAGGGCGGAGGACGCGGGCACCUACAGCUGUGGCGGCCCUGGGCCGGACCAUCACUCUCAGCAGGUCCAGCUUCGCGUCACAGCAGGGGGUGACGUGGCCGUGCCUUCUGAGGCUGAACCGAGGCCCUUCCCCGAGACCAGGGACCCAGCCCAGGACCACAGGCCUCAGGACCCCAGCCUCGGGGGCCCCGCCGCCGCCUCGCACCCGUGGCCCCUGACCAGGGUGCGUCUGGACCGGAGCCAGCCCGGGGUGCUGGACGCCCAGCCGGGCCAGCGAGUCCGGCUGACCUGUCGUGCUGAGGGCUUCCCGCCCCCGACCAUCGAGUGGCAGAGAGACGGGCAGCCUCUCUCUUCCCCCAGACACCAGCUGCAGUCCGACGGCUCCCUGGUCAUCAGCCGCGUGGCUGUGGAGGACGGGGGCUUCUACACGUGUAUCGCGUUCAACGGGCAUGACCGAGACCAGCGCUGGGUCCAGCUCCGAGUGCUGGGAGAGCUGACCAUCACAGGGCUGCCCUCCACGAUGGCCGUGCCGGAAGGGGACACGGCCAGGCUGCUGUGUGUGGUGGCGGGAGAAAGCGUGAACAUCCGAUGGUCCAGGAACGGGCUGCCGGUGCGGGCCGAUGGCCACCGCGUGCACCAGUCCCCGGACGGCACACUGCUGAUCCACAACCUUCGGGCCAGGGACGAGGGCUCCUACACGUGCAGCGCCUACCGUGGAAGCCAGGCCGUCAGCCGCAGCACCGAGGUGAAGGUGGUCCCGCCAGCACUGGCCGCCCAGCCCCGGGACCCCAGCAGGGACUGUGUCGACCAGCCGGAGCUGGCCAACUGUGACCUGAUCCUGCAGGCCCGGCUCUGCGGCAACGAGUACUACUCCAGCUUCUGCUGCGCCAGCUGCUCCCGUGUCCAGCCGCCUGCGCGGCCCGUCUGGCAGCAGGGGCACAGCUCAUAGCGCUGGGAGGAGGAGGCAGGCUCUCGGUCUCCCCUCUCUGGCUGGAGGAGGGAGUUCUCCAGAGACACCGGCCUGGUCAGAUCUGCCCUUCGCCAUGGAGCGCCAGCGGUGUCGGCUUCUCUGACCCGACCACCGGUGCCUGCUGGGCUGUCAAGAAGUGGCGUCUUGUUUGCAAUAAGGACACCUUUCACUUGACAGUUUCUCUCUCCAGUUUGUUAUCCAGGAUCAGCUCACUGUUUUUAAAGCCAGCUACCAGGGUUCUCACAUUGCUGAAAGCUGGGUGGGGAGGUGUGUCCUGUCUGGGGAAGGUAACUGACUCCUGGUGUGUGUGUUAGGGAAACAUUCUUUGCUAGAACUAGGUCCCAUCUGGGGUCCAGAUGUGGUUCAUUGCUCCAGUCUCUAGCCCUUCCUAGGGAGCAUAGCGACCAGUUUCAGAUCCCAUCUGUGCCUAUGGUUAACUGCACAAAGUUGGUGAAAGCCCUCAGCAAAGUGGGAGAUAAUGAAAACUAAAACCCAGGCUCUUGUAAAACAGCACCAGCAGGACCAGGUGGACCAGCGGAAGGGAGAGCGGUGUUGAGACGGAAGAGGGAAGUGGUCUCAGAGUUGGGGGAGGUCGUUCUUCCUUUCUCAGCCUCUUAAGGCCUUGAUGCUAAGACAAGAGGCCUGGUUUCAAUGAGCUUCCGAGUUCUUUUCCCCUUUAACCUUCUACCAAUCCCCCAGAAGAGAGGCUGGGCCUAGUAACAGAGGUCUUUCUAGGACACAGGAAAAACCAGCAUUACUGGGACAGGUGAUUUCUAUUACCAACACCGGCUGGAAAAGAAACGAUUGCUUCAUGGGUGAGUGAUACUUCUUGGUCUACCUCUCAUUCAGCAACAGAAACAUGGGCCGCGACAGAGGUCUUUUCUUCUUUCCAGUUUUAAAAUACAUUGAGGUGCAUCCCCUUCCAUGUACCAUGGCUGGUUUGGCUGUAGAAAUUGGAAGGUAAGGGCCACUUUCUUGGACUCUGCUGUUCUCUAGUUAAAUCAGUAUUUGGCAAAUUGGUGGCACACUCCAGACCUUAGCUAGCUCUUGGAACUAGUCAGAGUGGUGGGAUAAGGUGACCAGUGGUUCUCACACUGGGAGCUUUCUGAAGAACUGAACCCGGGGGUCUCCUCCCUGGAGAUUUUAAUUGGGCUGGAUAUGAGGACUUUUAAAAGCUCCCAGAUGACUUUAAUACAUAUCCACAGUUCAGAGUCACUGCUGCAACCCAACUUCUCAGACUGUGAGUCUUGUUAAAAUGCAGAUUCUGACGACCAGGUCUGGGCUGGGGCGGAGGUUCUGUGUCUGCACAACUGCCAGGUUCAAGUCUGCACUUGGAGCAGCAAGAACCUGACAUCAGAGGUGUGCUUAGGAAUGACCGGAGGCUCGAGUAUGAAUACAGAUAGAUAGGAACUUUAAGAGUAUGCCAGCCCCAGUGAAAGAUUUUCUAGCCAUCAGACUAGAGAUCUGCGGCAGCAGUAGAAUGGAGAAGAGGACAAGACCACAAGGAACUGAAACCCAUUUGCUAAUAGAGAAAAGGGCAAGGAACAGCUCUUCAUGGCAAAAGCUUCUACCACGAACAUUUAUUUUUGUUAAAGCAGAUUAUAAAUUCUCAUCAGUACAAAUAUAUAUAUAUAACUUACAUUUGAUUGUAAGGCCAACGUUCAAAAGUAAAAAUGAGAUGGGAUCUUAUGUCGUCACCAGAGGUCAAGUGGCUACAACUGGCAACAGGAUGUUCGGCUCACCACAAGGAGAGGGAUGGACACACACGCACGCACACACACGCAGUGCUAACAAGACUAGGACCUCCAUCCCCACAAAACUCGUGGGAACAAAACUUAAAAGGACAAAACAAAACCCACCAAGACCUACAGGACAACACGGUAACCUGUGUUCCCGUCUCAUGGAUAUGAUUACAUCAGUCACCUUAGUGUUAAAGGAUUAACAUAAACUGCAGCAGUAUAGAAAAGAAAAUACAUUUUCUAUUUAGAUUGAACCCAUUAAAAUAAUGACAUUAGAAUUUCAUUACAGAUGUAAAACCAGGACAAUACUGCUUGCUCUUUAUUUGAAACUACUACCAAGCUGACCAUACUGGUCAUAAGCGUGAUUGUUGUUGCAGUGUGCUCCUUACAGUGAAUG